GUGACCAUGAUGUCAUCGGACGAGGAAGUACCUCUCUGAGCAGGGUGUACUGGGGUGAUGGCAUCUUAUAAAAAGACCGCCUCAGAAAGAGAAGAUUGUAACCGGGAUGAGCCCCCUAGAAAGAUCAUUCCAGAGAAGAAUACACUUAGACAGACAUACAACAGCUGUGCCAGAUUGUGCUUAAACCAAGAAACCGUGUGCUUAUCUGGAUCUGCCAUGAAGACAGAAAGCUGUGUAGUUAAAACAAAACUUGCCAAUGGCACUUCCAGCAUGAUUGUGCCCAAGCAGAGGAAGCUUUCCGCAAACUACGAGAAGGAAAAAGAGCUUUGCGUCAAGUACUUUGAGCAGUGGUCGGAGUGCGACCAGGUGGAGUUCGUCGAGCACCUGAUCUCUCGAAUGUGCCACUACCAACAUGGACACAUAAAUACAUACCUUAAGCCAAUGCUACAAAGGGAUUUCAUCACUGCUUUGCCAGGGAUUGGUCAGGGUCUCAGUGGACAGACCGCCACCAAGCUAAACUUUUGA